UUACUAGGAGCAGAUUGACAGUAGAAGGAAAGUGUUUAAUUUAUUCGCUUAUGGCCGUUUUUUUGAACGAAGGAUGACUUUGCGAUGUUUGUAAAUAAUAUUGUAUUAAGCAGCGCAAUGCCCGAAUUUGUAGUUAGUCUGUAUGUCAUCUGAACUGAACUUUUAUCUACUUCGUUUACAAUUGGCCGGCUAGCCUGCUAGCUUGGCGAGCUAGGAUAGCAAUAACUUGGCUACGGCAAGAUUCCGUCUUCGGAAAACGUGCAAAACAGGAAUACAGCAUGGUCGACAAAAAUAUCUACAUUGUACAAGGUGAAAUCAGCACAGUUGUAGGAGCUAUUAAAAGGAACUCCAGGUGGAAUACCCACACUCCACUGGAUGAAGAACAGGACCCAUUACUCAACACCUUCGGCCAACUCAAGGAAGCACUCAACAACAUAAAAGAGCUGGCAGAUGUUGAGCCGAAUGUUUUCCUGAGGCCCUUUCUAGAAGUUGUUCGCUCGGAGGACACCACUGGACCAAUCACAGGCCUUGCCCUUACCUCUGUCAACAAGUUCCUUUCUUAUGGCCUUAUAGAUGCGACCCACGAAGCAGCAGCAGAGGCCAUUGAGAACAUGGCGGAUGCAGUCACGCAUGCUAGAUUUGUGGGAACAGACCCUGCUAGUGAUGAAGUUGUUCUGAUGAAGAUUCUCCAGGUCCUAAGAACUCUUUUGCUGACACCAGUCGGUGCCCAUCUGACUAACGAGUCUGUUUGUGAAAUCAUGCAGUCUUGCUUCAGGAUUUGCUUUGAAAUGCGCCUAAGUGGCAGUUCCUCUGUUUUAGAGCUCCUCAGGAAGUCCGCUGAACACACACUUGCUGACAUGGUCCAGCUACUGUUCUCCAGACUAUCACAGUUUAAAGAGGAGGCCAAGAAUUAUGUGGGUGCCAAUAUGAAGAAGUUGAAGAUGCGUGCUGGUGGAAUGAGUGAGUCAUCCAAAUGGAAGAAGCAGAAACGCUCACCAAGGCCACCUCGCCAUAUGGUUCGGAGUUCUUCCUGUCAGAUGGACUCAAUUCAGCCCAGCAACAACCUUUCAGGUGACGUUGCAUUCAUUGAGAAGGGCUCAUCCAUCUUACCAGUUUCAGAUAACGUUGGCUCAUCCAUUUCUAGUCCUACAACCACAGACAGCGGCCUAGAUUCCUGUUCCAAAGCCACGUCCAGGGAAGACCUUUCUGACCUGGAACAGUGUAGCUUAUAUGCAACCACACUUCCUGGGACUGGGCUGGGCUCUCCUGAUUCUCAGUUUGAGGGAAGACCAACUCAAUCAGUCUCAGUGGAGUCCAUCCCUGAGGUUCUGGAGGACAAAGAUUCCAUCAUAGAGGACAACACCUCUGUACAUGAUAUGGACUACGUCAACCCCCGGGGAGUUCGUUUCACACAGUCCACACAAAAAGAUGGAGCAUCUCUCAUUCCUUAUGGUCUGCCAUGUCUAAGAGAACUUUUUCGCUUUUUGAUCUCACUGACCAACCCCCAUGACCGCCACAACACUGAUGCAAUGAUGCACAUGGGCCUGCAGCUGUUAACUGUAGCACUCGAGUCAGCACACAUUGCUAACUACCAGACUUUGUUAGGCCUGAUAAAAGAUGAACUUUGUAGACAUCUGUUCCAGUUACUUAAUGCGGACCGUAUAAACUUGUAUGCUUCAUCCAUACGAGUUUGCUUCUUGCUUUUUGAAAGCAUGAGAGUACAUCUGAAGUUUCAACUUGAGCUGUACCUCAAGAAACUAAUUGACAUCAUCACAUCAGAGAACACAAAGAUGCCUUAUGAGAUGAAAGAGAUUGCAUUGGAGGCUCUGGUCCAGCUUUGGAGGAUUCCCAGCUUUGUCUCAGAACUGUAUGUCAACUAUGACUGUGACUUCUAUUGUUCCAGCUUAUUUGAAGAACUUACUAAGCUGUUAUCCAAGAAUGCUUUCCCAGUGUCAGGGCAGCUGAAUACCACCCACCUCCUGUCGCUCGAGGCGCUUCUCACUGUAAUUGACAGCAUUGAAGCACACUGCCGGUCCAAGGUACUUAACAACACUAAUCAACAAGACCAGUUAGAAACAGUACUGGUGGCUGGAGAAAGUUCAAACAAAACUGCAUCAGAUAACGCACAAGCUUCAAGUAGAUUUGGCAGUACCAAUGGUCUAAAUGUUAUACUAACCGAAAACGCACCAGCAUGUCAGCCACACAGUGGGUAUCUAAUGGCAGAAAAGAUGAAGCUGGGUGGAAUGGAGCAGGAAGAUGGGGAAGCUGCUAAGAGGAAAGGUCUGAAGAAACCUGAACGUUUCUCAUCAGGUUUACCUGAUUCCCAAGAGUUAUUGGAAAUUAGAAUAAAAAAAAAAUUGCUAAUCACAGGUACAGAACAGUUUAACCUAAAGCCCAAGAAAGGAAUCCAGUUUUUACAGGAAAAAGGUCUUCUCAGUAAUCCAAUUGACAACAACCAAGUGGCCCAGUGGCUUAGAGAAAACCCUCGAUUGGACAAAAAGAUGAUUGGCGAGUUUAUCAGCGAUCGUAAGAACAUGGAGCUCCUGGACAGCUUUGUGAACACAUUUACCUUCCAGGGGCUUCGAAUUGAUGAAGCCCUGCGACUUUACCUAGAGGCCUUUAGGCUACCUGGAGAGGCUCCUGUAAUCCAGAGACUCCUGGAAACCUUUACAGACAACUGGCAUAAAGUCAAUGGCUCCCCUUUCAUGACCAACGAUGCAGGCUUUGCGUUGGCCUACGCUGUCAUAAUGCUGAACACUGACCAGCAUAACCACAAUGUCCGCAAGCAAAACAUCCCCAUGACAGUUGAGCAAUUCAAGAGAAAUCUGAAAGGAGUAAAUGGAAACAAAGACUUUGAUCAUGACAUGCUGGAGGAUAUCUAUAAUGCUAUCAAGAAUGAGGAGAUUGUGAUGCCAGAUGAGCAAGUCGGUUUAGUGAAAGAGAACUAUGUGUGGAGUGUGUUGCUACAUCGCGGUGCCACACCUGAGGGUAUUUUCCUUCAUCUUCCCACUGGCAGUUGCGACCAUGACCUAUUCACCAUGACCUGGGGUCCCACCAUUGCUGCUCUAUCCUAUGUUUUUGACAAGAGUCUGGAUGACAGUAUCAUCCAGAAGUCAAUCAUUGGCUUCAGGAAGUGUGCCAUGAUAGCAGCUCACUAUGGCUUAAGUGAUGUUUUUGACAAUUUAAUCAUCUCACUUUGCAAGUUCACCACUCUCAGUAGUGAGUCUGUGGAAAACCUUCCCACAGUAUUUGGCAGUAACAGUAAAGCACAGACUGCAGCCAAGACAGUGUUUGACCUCGCCCAUCGGCAUGGCAACAUCCUCAGGGAGGGUUGGAAGAACAUCAUGGACUCCAUGCUGCAGCUGUUCAGAGCCGAACUAUUGCCCAAGGCCAUGGUCGAGGUAGAGGACUUUUUGGAACCAAGUGGGAAAAUUUCCCUUCAGAGAGAGGAGUUGCCUUCAAAUCGUGGUGAGUCAGCAGUGCUGAGCUUUGUCAACUGGCUGACACUGAGUGGAGCUGAGCAAUCAGGACUCAGAGGGCCAUCCACAGAAAACCAGGAAGUUAAGCAGCUGGCCAUCCUCUGCAUAAAGCAAUGUGACCCCGAAAAGCUCAUCACUGAAAGCAAAUUCCUUCAGCUGGAAUCGCUACAGGAGCUAUUGAAGGCUCUGAUAUCAGUCACUCCAGAUGAAGAAACCUAUGAUGAGGAAGACUCUGCCUUCUGUUUGGAGAUGUGCCUUCGUAUUGUUCUGGAGAACCGAGACCGUGUGUCUUGCGUUUGGCAAACAAUGCGUGACCAUCUUUGCCAUCUUUGUGUCCAUGCAAAUGAGAGCUGCUUCCUAGUGGAGAGGGCUGUUGUGGGACUCCUUCGUCUUGCAGUCCGCCUUCUACGUCGAGAUGAUAUUAGCUCACAGGUUCUACUCUCCUUGCGUCUUCUACUGAUGAUGAAAUCUCAUGUCUUGUCCCGGGUCAGUAGAGAAGUGGCUUAUGGCCUUCAUGAGCUGCUGAAGACUAACGCAGCUAACAUCCACUGUACAGACGACUGGUAUACUCUCUUUUCCUUGCUGGAGUGUGUUGGGGCUGGAGUGAAACCUCCUGCCUCCUUCCAGGUCAUCUCUGUCACUGCUGACAAUGACACAGGUGCCCAGUCAGAUAGUGAGCUGUCUUCUCAUCAUCCCAGUGAAGUGACAUUAGACCGGGGUUACACAUCUGACUCAGAGGUCUACACUGAGCACAAGAUCAGGAUCCCUCGUUCGACAACUGAAGUGGAUGUCGCGAGCAGUGGAUGGCUUGUGGUUGGUAAAGAUGACCUGGAGAUAAGUAAAGUCCCUCCAGUGAGCUCUAAAGCUCAGCUGAAUCACCCACUGGUCAAUCAGUACAGCCUGACUCUGGGUCAGGACCUGGGCCAGCAUGACACCAAGUCUCUCAUUAAAUGUGUGGAAACACUGUCUUUUAUCAUCCGUGAUGCUGCACAUGUUACCCCUGACAACUUUGAGCUGUGUGUCAGGGCAAUAAGAAUUUUUGUGGAGGCCAGCCUUAAUGGAGGGUAUCGUAAUCACGACAAGAAGAAGAGCCACAAGUACGACUCUUCAAAGUAUCGGAUGAGAAAGAAGGCGGGGGUAAGGGAAAAAGAGGGUGGCAGCAGCACAAAGCGGAGCAUCAGCCGGGUCUCCAGCCAGCGUCCAUUACGUUCCUACAGUGACGAUGAGGAGGAUGAGGGUGUCCCAGCCAGCUACCACACGGUGUCAUUACAGGUUAGUCAUGACCUGUUAGACCUUAUGCACACCCUGCACACCCGUGCUGCCAGCAUCUACAGCUCCUGGGCAGAGGAACAGCGUCAUCUAGAGGCUGCAGGCAGAAAAAUUGAGGCCGAUUCCCAGACUCUGUGGUCAAGCUGCUGGUGUCCACUGCUGCAAGGAAUUGCUUGGCUAUGCUGUGAUGCAAGACGCCAGGUUCGUAUGCAGGCCCUUACCUACCUCCAGAGGGCGCUGCUGGUCCAUGAUCUGCAAACACUUGAUGCAGCAGAGUGGGAGUCCUGUUUCAAUAAGGUGCUUUUCCCCCUUCUGACUAAGCUGCUUGACAACAUAAGCCCAGCAGAUGUGGGUGGAAUGGAGGAGACGAGAAUGAGAGGCUGUACACUUCUAUCAAAGGUUUUCCUCCAGCAUCUAUCCCCUCUCCUGUCCUUGCCAACCUUUGCUGCCCUGUGGCUUACCAUCCUAGAUUUCAUGGACAAGUACAUGCAUGCAGGAUCCAGUGACUUACUGUUGGAGGCAAUCCCAGAAUCUCUAAAGAACAUGCUGCUAGUGAUGGACACAGCGGGGAUCUUCCAUAGUGCUGACUCCAGGACAGGAUACUCAGACCUGUGGGAAAUAACCUGGGAACGAAUUGUCUGUUUCUUGCCUCACUUAAGAGAGGAACUCUUCAAACAGACUGUUAUACCAGAUCCAGUUUCCAGUUCUUCAGCAGAGCCUAUGCAGGCAAUACCCGCAGCAGGUCAGCCUAAACCACGUCCGGUGUCUCCACCUACUGCUCAGCUACCCUCCGCAGUCACAUUAAGCCCUGCAGAGAUGCUGGCCUCUGUUAGACCACCAUUGUUCCAUGAGCCUCAGGCAACCAGUGCCACUGGAAUAGAUCAGUCAUCUGCAGGACAAACCUCAGUUCCUCCUAUGCCAGUUCCUUUAACAUCCCCUGCCCAGGCUCCCUCUCCCUUGAGCCAGCCUCCCCUCAUCCUGCAGCCCCUUGCCUCCCCCUUGCAGGUGGGUGUUCCACCCAUGUCCCUGCCAAUCAUCUUAAACCCUGCCCUCAUAGAGGCCACAUCACCUGUACCACUGCUUCCAUCGCCUGGCUCUUCUGAUGAAGUCAAGUAAUCUGUAAUACGUCCCAAUGAUCUUCUCUUGAAUCGGUGGACAAAGGAAUCUUCAGUAACAAAUUGAGUAGCUGCUUGUAAUUAAAUGCAAGAUAUAAAAUUCAUUUGAUAUUACAUUGAAGUUAAAGGUUAGGGGUGAUCAUUUCACUGUUCCAAAUAUACUCUAAAUUUAUGACACACCACACUAUUUUUACAUAAGAAUAUAUCACAGCAGAAACCAGAUGCAGUUAAUUCUGGUUAAUAUACUUUAAAGUGGCCUACCAAAGACAAUUAGAACCACACCUGUAGCUGCCAUUAAAAGCAAAGUGGUGUAAAGUGUAAAACAUCUGUGUUUAGUCAUUAUGUGCAAACCAAAUGUUUACUACAGGAAUGCAGUAAACAUUGGCGAAAUUACUUUAGUAGGAUUGCUUUGAGUACUUUUUUAAAAGGUUAUAUUUUCUCAACUUUAAGCUGGAACUGUCAGAAAGGUAAUAAUUUGCGUUUUGGUCGAGUACUUCAUUUUAAAUAGUUGCCCUAGGGCAGUUACCCUAACAUUCACCACCAGAAAUUAACAUAUGGAAGGAGUAUCUCUUGUUCAGUGUUAGUGUUGCUGUGAGUUGAGUGGCUGGUGGACUGUGUUCUUCUAGUGUUGGCAACCAGCCUGAGAAGUUUGGGGGGUGGUGUAGGUGGGGGACCCCAAGUGGAUGCUCAGUUAGGGACUUGACAUUAAGACAGGUAACAUUAGAGCAAAAAGUCUAAUAGUAUAAAUUACUUAAAUUUAAAAGACAGUAAAUAUAAUAUUGUAUAAAUUUAAAAAUUUAAGUAGCAGUACCAGUGUGACCUGACCCCUCUGGUUUUAUAUAUAUUUCCCCCUAAAUCAUACUCCUCUUAAACCUGCAGUUUUCAGUUAGAUGAAGAACUAGUCCUAAUCUGAGUUGGGUAAUUGAUGUUAUUGAUAAUGGAGGGGGGGGGGUAUCUUACAAUACAUCAACCUGGUGGUGGACAUUAAAAUAUUAGAAUAUGAUUAUAGUGGUUGGAGAAUCACAUGGUUUAGACUAGAUUAAGUUCUAAUAAAAUGAUUAGGAAAUAGGACAGGAUGCUCCCGACCCCCUUUAGAUUUCACUUAGUAAGAUCAGGCAGCCCAAUGCUAAAUACUAAUGUAAAAGGACAAUAUAUAUUCAAAUAUGUAAGUACUAUAAUAAUUGUUUCGUUAAUUAAAUUGAAUUUUCCAAGUGUGAACUUAUUUGUAUGUUUGAUGUUUUAUUUCACGGGGCCAAACUUUCUUCUUGCAUGUACAGUUUCUAACCCUCUGCUCAUUUUACAUACAUAAAACAACCAAAACAAGCUUUCUAGCACUAUAUAUUUCUUCUCUACUGAACACAGAGGGAUUUACUGAGUCCUCCCUUUAACUGUGAAAUACAAUUCUUAAUUACAAAUUAAUCCUCAUUUUUUGAUAAAUGUAAAGAAAUCACAAUAGUAAUUGGGUUAAGCUAAUGCAGCUCCCUGAAUGCAGUACUACACACACACAGGAAAUCCCCAGCAAGUACUGCAUAUUAUGUAAUAUUUUGAAUCACAAUUAAAUCUGUGGAAGCAAAUAAUACAAGUACUGUAACUUAAGAUCUUGAUUUUAAUGUAAUAAUUCUUACAUUGUAAUGUUGAAAGAAAAUUGCACUCAAUUUAUUGCAGGAACUGUCAAUACAAUAUACAGUAUUGUUCUUAUAAGUAAGAUGCAAAAAAAAAACAGAUUAAAAACAUUACAUCUUUAUGCUUUAUUAAGAUGAGUGGGUUCCGCAUUUAAGUUUCAAUGGAAAUUAUUGCAACUUAAAUUAAGUGGGUACAUUCAGACCCCCUUAAAUUUUCAGUUAUAGUGCAAUCAUUUGCUGAAAUCAUUUAAGUUAAUUUUUUCCCUCAUUAAUGUACACACAGAACCCAAUAUUGACAUAAAAACAGAAUUGUUGACAUUUUUGCAGAUUUAGUAAAAAAAUACAUCCCUGUUCUUGGCUGCAUUCAUCUUUCCCUUGACUGCAACCACCCGCCCUGUCCCUGCAGCUGAAAAACACCCCCACAGCAUGAUGCUGCCACCACCAUGCUUCACUGUUAUUGGACAGGUGAUAAGUAGUGUCUGGUUUUCUCCACACAUACUGCUUAGAAUUAAGGCCAAAAAGUUUUAUCUUGGUCCAGAUCAGAGAAUUUUAUUUCUCACCAUCUUGGAGUCCUUCAGGUGUUUUUUUUUCUAGCAACCUCCAUGCAAACUUUUGUGUGUCUUGCACUAAGGAGAGGCUUCCAUCAUCUUUACCUGUCUCUCACCAAGACUCUUCUCCCCCAAUAGCUUAGUUUGGCCAGACGGCCAGCUGUAAGAUUCUGGUCGUCCUAAACGUCUUCCAUUUAAGGAUUAUGGAGGCCACUGUGCUCUUAAGAACCUUAAGUGAAGCAGAAUUUUUAUCAUAACCUUGGUCAGACCUGUGCCUUGCCACAAUUUUGUCUCUGAGCUCUUCAGGCAGUUCCCUUGACCUCAUGAUUCUUAUUUGCGCUGACAUGCACUGUGAGCUGUAAGGUUUUUAUAGACACAACUGGACUCCAACGAAGGUGUAGAACCAUCUCAAGGAUGAUCAGAAGAAAUGGAGAGCACCUGAGUUAAAUUUGAGUGUCACAGCAAAGGGUCUGAAUACUUAUAACUUAUAUUUCAGUCUUUCUUUUUCAAUAAAUCUGCAAAAAAAUCAGCAAUUCUGUGUUUUGUGUUUGUGUCAAUAUGGGGUGCUGUGUGUACAUUAAUACAGAAAAAAUGAACUUAAAGGAUUUUAACAAAUGGCUGCAAAAUAACAGUGAAAGAUUUAAGGGACAUUUAAGGUGUGUGUUUCUACUGUAUAUACAGUGGGUACUCUGCAUACCCACUGUAUAUAGAAACACAGAGCUGUUUAUUAGCCUGUAGUACACCCAUACAACACACCUGCUACAUUUUGUACAAAAAUCAGAAAACUAGAUACUUACAGAUCUAAAAAUGUCAACUAGCUAGAUUUUUCAGUUUUACUCCACAGAUAUCUAACACUGUUGCAUGCUACCUAUGCCUUGUGUACAAAGACAUUACCCUGAAAAAUCACUGAGAUUUAAUGCCAAACAUGUGUCUGUGUGGUACAGAUGGCAGCAAAAUUUGAUGUUAUUUAUUGAUCUGUGGGGGAGGAAGGUGAAGGUCAGUGACAGAUGGCUGGAAUUUACCUCUGUUGUACAGUUGAAAUGUCAGUCAGGUAGCUCUACAAUCUCCGAGAGCUAGUUUUGUAAUGUGUUUAUUUGUUUUAUGGGACUCUUAGAGAGGUUAUCUAAUUAUGUCUUUAACGAGAAAAUACAAUACAUAAAUAUGGUGUGUGAUGUAUAUUGUAUAAUAAAUAUAAUAAAAGUGGGAGCUUGUUA